AUGCCGCACGAAGAAGUUCUCCGUACCGAGGAGAAAUCCGCUAGCUACGAGAUUCCUGGCGAUAAAAUCGAUGGAGGUCUAAUCUGUAAGACCGCAAAGCUCGAAGUGGACCAGGGAGUGAGCUCCUCUGCGAAUUUCGCAAUAUUGGAUGUUUCUCAUCGAGACUAUGAGAGUUCGAAGAGAUUGGCUAUCGGAAAUAUUGGAGCAAACUUCAAUGUGUCGAGUAAGGACGGAGUGGAUGUGGGAGUGGAUGCGGAUUUGGUGAGAUACGCGUAUGAAGGAGAGAAUUUUAAGAUUGGUACCGGUCUCAGCUACUCGACUGGAGUAAAAUUUCAACCUGAAAGUGUGAAGCUCCAUUUCAUGGGCUAUGGAUUCGAGUAUGACGGAGAUGGGUUUGGUGUGAGAGUCCCAAUUUUGGAGUUGAAGUAUAAGUGGUGGUGA